CUUUGGUGAGCUGAGACUCUUGGGAGUUCGCUUCCCUGGGAGCCGCAGAGAAAGGAAUAGUGGGUGAAGCCGAAGCAGGCCCCCAGGCCCCCAGGGCCCCUUCCUCUCAGCUCCUCAGUGGGGCAAGGAGGGCAGCGGCCCCCUAGGCUGGAAGAGUAAAGUGGGUGCUAUCCACGAGCUCCCUCUAGCGGUGGCGGCGGCGCCUGCAGUAGUUGCGUCCAUGUGACUAUCAACCAUUGACUUGUGCUGCGCAGAGUACUUGCUCCCUCUAGAUCCUGAGCCCUGCUGCCAUUGUCCACAGACAUCCAGGGAAGAUGAGUGCCAAAGCCGCCGUGCUCUUGGCCAUGCUGUGGCUCCGGCCCCUGCCAGUCAUCGCCUACUACAUGCAGGUGACCUCCAGCAACCUGAGUGUGGAAGACCGCAUCCUGAGGAACUACUCUGAAAUUCUGAAGGAGGUGGCUCGGAGGGUACCCACCUCGAGCAUUUCUAGCAAGGGGCAAGCCGCUACUACCAGCUCUAACUGGAAGAGAGAAAUGGAGAGAGUCUGGAAAAGCAACCAUGGUAGCCCUCAGGACGCCCUAACAGCCUCCACCUCCCAGUCUCCCAACAGGGAGAUGGUCCUGGCAAAAAUCAAGCUCAAGAGCGCCCCCCAGCUCCCCAGGAAUCCGAAGGACACCCACAGAGGCAUCCCACGCUCCGGGGGAUCUAGUCACAGAAAAGCUGGCCAAGGGGAUUCCAGCAUGAGGAAAGCUGUAGCCUUAGCUCUGGACCUUCUCAUGAAACUGUCUCUGGAACCCAUCCAAGAGACCUCUGAGCAAGCUGUGGAGAGGUCAGCUUUCCCAAGCUCUGUGAAAGUAGGCCCUAAAGAGAUCUCCGUCCAAUCUGCUGAACAGAAAGAGCCUCUGGAUGUGGCUUUGCAACUGCUUGAAGAAGCUUACGAAGGAGUCAAACGAACUACUCCAGGGGAAAGGGUUUCACUAGGACAAAUCCCUCUCGUGACUACACUAGCCAGAAAUCACCCAGAGGCGCAGGAGAAUGAUUUAGAACUGAGCAUCACUCAGCCAUCCCAUGAAGCCAGAGACCAAGAGGAUGUGAAGCGAGUACUGCAAAAUCAAAUUCUGAAAAAAAUCGAGGAGAUUAAACAGGCACUGCAAGAAGUAAGACCCCACCUUGAAUCUAAAGAUGAUACUCCAUCUGCCAAAGAGCAUCCAACCCAAGGCCAUUCCUUGGCAAAUACAAAGAACACAUCCAGCAAUGGCCAUAAACCUCAGAAGCUAGCAAGGGAAAAGAAUGAUGGCGGUGAAAACACGAGAAUGUUUAUCAAUUUCUUAUAUCAUUUCAAGCCAAAGCUGAAUACAUUCUUCAAUAUGAAGAACAUUCCAUCUGAUCUUCAAGGAAAAGCUGCUAUCAUAUUCAGCAUGAUGAGCACAAUACUUUGUCAGUAUCAGCCAGAUAAGGCAAAUGUUAAGGACUUACUGGAGUAUAAUAUAAAAGUGUUAAAUAUGCUUAAUAUUACAGCAAACUAAUGUAACUGUCUGUCCAUUCCGAAAAGCUAGAUUUUCUUUUCCUUAAAUGCAUAAAUAAAUUUUCU